GGCCACUCCCCUGCCUUACCUCAUGAACCGAAGAUGGUCACGCCGCCCCGGCGGAAUCUCAAUGUCUCCGAGGCCUACUGCGACUCCGUGGGCUGCAAUGUGCCGCGCCUUGUUGCCACGGUGCGCCUCUCGCUGCUGCGGAUGGGGUGGUCAUCCUCCGCCCGCGGCGUCUCCGCCGCGCCGCUGGCGCCCACGUGGCUGGGGCGGCGGCUGCAGCGCCGGAAAUGGCGCUGCAACCCAGCGGCGGAGGAGCUGUUCAUCGAUCGGGAUCUGCUCUCCGAGGAGAUGCUGACACAGGCCGCCGAGCCUUUGCGCCGCAUCACCUACAACACCUGGGAUCGAGGUGAGGAGGAAACGAUCUUCAGCAGUGACCACCAAGUCUUCGGCAGCUACGGCAGCCUUUGGACGCUUCUCGCGAUGGCCAACGGCAGGCGCUGGCAGAUGGACCCGGACACCGCGGAGCUGCUGCGGUGGGUGCAGCUGCUGGCGGAGGUCGAUCAGUGGCUGAAGAUGUCGCCUGACAGGCGCUCGCGGGAGCUGCAGCCCUUGCUCUGGGAGGCCAAGCCGGGCACGGCAGCCAGGCGCUGGGCUUUGCAGCAGCUGGGCGCUGCGUUUCAGGACGUGGCGGAGCGGACGGCAGAGCGCCCUUGUCUCGAAGCCUUGCGCCGCCUCAACUUGCCGCCCGCCGAGGCGAUGACGUCGCCCGCGUGGCCGAGUCAGCGGCCGCCGGAGUGCCAGGGCGCCUCUCCCGCCGUGCUGGCCAGUUGGUUGGGUUCUGAUCUCCGCGCUGCGAAGUGCAGAGAUGCAGGGCGGCACUGGCGGCUUUGCGGCGCCCCAGGAGCAGUUUGGCAACAUCGACUCGGGCGGAUUUCUGCCACAGUGCUUGGGGCAUGGGCGCGAGACCAGGCGCCAGAGGACUGCGGCUGGGAGGUGGAGCUGUCGCUCUUCAUGGCACCCAUCGAUGACUGUGUGCUCGUGGACGGCAACCGCCUCUUCCAGACCCAUCCGCAGAGCUACUUGACCUCCUGGCGCUGCCACCUGGGUGGCCACCUAGCCGUCGGAGGCGUGGUCUCCUACUCCGGCACUGUGGCCUUGGUCCGGUGCCGCUUUCCGACGGCUCCGGCGGGGAAGGCCGAGCUCGCAAUCGAAUCCUCGGUUCCAAGUCUCCGGGCUGCUGGCUGGUCCUUGACAGGAAUUAAGCUUUGCCCCUUUGAGCCGUUGCUGCCCGUGCCACGUUUCAAUGAGCCCGCGUCGUCUUAUGCGCGGAAGCUGACCGUUUGCAGCGAAGUUCUCUAUGGCCUGUCGGGGCCCUACAAGUCCCUGAUGGUGAAGCACUGGCUGGAGUACCACCGGCUGCUGGGAGUGGAUCAUUUCGUGCUCUACGACCGCGAUGGAUCACUUCAAGGAGACGGCAUUCUGGACCCCUACAUCCUCAACGGCUACGUGACAUACUUCCCGCGGUUUUCGCUCUACGCGCUUUCGGAGCACCACGACCUGAUCCAUGCGGGAGAUGGCUGGCCAUCAGCAGCCGCCCCGGAUGCACAGGCUGCCUCUCACUGCCUCUUCAUGCAGCGCGGCUUGAGCGAAUGGGUGUCGUUCCUCCACUCGCCGGACGAGUACCUCUCCAACUCCCAGGGGCUGCGCCACGUGGAAUCGAUCCUAGGGCCUCUGCGGCCGAAACGUGCGCAAGGACUGGCGGCGGUGGAUGUCACGGCCAUCUAUUUCACCCGGUCGCAGCAUCGCAAGCCCCAAGGGCCUGUGCGUAAGUCGCCCUGGCUCUUUGGGCGCUACGUCUACCGCGCCUCCGAACCUUUGCAUCUGAAGGACUGGGGCAGCCCUGUCGCCGGCUUCUUGAACCGCUUUGGGUCUCCCUUGGUGAACCCGGAGCGUGUGGGCGACCUGGUGUCCGCUCACUACCCCCGGCCUUCUGCCGGCUCGCUUUACCUGGAUGACGUGCCCAUGGACUUUGUACGUGCCAACCACUACGGAGAGGCCUUCCAUGUGCGGCAGAUCAUCGAGGAGCACGACACCCCGGUGAAGGAUGAGAGCAUCCUUUGGGCCGAAGAGGCCAUGGCUUCUUUGGGUCUAGCGCCGCUGCCACCCGGCCCGGAGCCCACCUGAGCUGACGAGGCUUCCGGGACCCGAGGUGCCGCUCUCUGAGCCGGCGAAAAGCGAUGGAUCGCGAUGGAUCGCGAUGGGCCGCGAUGCCGCCGAAGCACCCGCAGACCCGCAGACCCGCAGACCCGCAGACCCGCGACGCCUGAGCUGCGCA